AAAAGGAGGAACAAGGGUGCUGCAGCCAGGCCGUCACGUGUCCUAAGAUGUCCAAUUAGAUGCAAGGAAACAGGGUCGUCUUCCUGUUGUCUUCCUACUUCAACAACCAUGCGGUUCCGUUUCUGUGGAGACUUGGACUGCCCAGAUUGGGUACUUGCUGAAAUCAGCACGUUAGCAAAAAUUUCAAGUGUCAAAAUGAAGCUCCUUUGUGCUCAAGUGCUGAAGGAUUUGCUUGGAGAGGGCAUUGAUUAUGAAAAAGUUGGAAAGCUUACUGCAGAUGCAAAGUUUGAGAGCGGAGACAUCAAAGCUAGUGUGGCAGUGCUCAGCUUUAUUUUCUCCAGUGCAGCGAAGCAUGAUGUUGACAGUGAAUCUCUAUCCAGUGAGCUACAACAGCUUGGUCUGCCUAAAGAGCACACUACAGGGCUGUGCAAGUCCUACGAAGACAAGCAUGUUGCACUGCGGGAGAAAUUAAGAGAGACAAGCCUGAGAUUGGGUCGACUGGACUCUGUGUCCUGGCGAGUGGACUACAUUUUGAGCUCCAGUGAAUUGAGGGAGGUGAAUCAACCAGUAAUUCAGCUUAAACUGCAGAGGCAAGGAGCAGAAUCAGGUGCCCCAGAGACAACUGUGGUGUCCGUUUCUGCUGACAAGUUCAGAGUGUUGCUUGCUGAGCUCAAACAAGCCCAGGUUCUAAUGAACUCACUACAAUGAACAACAGACGUCACUUUCUGAAAACCGAUGAUAAUGAUGAUUAACUGCCUAAAGUGCCAUACUUACAAGUUGUACAGUGUUAUGUAUUCUUCCUGAAAAAAAUGUAAUUCCUUGUGUCUCUCAACUGAUACUUAGUUGUAUUUUUCUACCAUUUUAGUAAAAAUUAGUAGAAAUGUAUCCAGAUUGUGUGAUAUUUGUUACUGAAGUAAAAAAUAAUGAUCAUUGUUUAAAAAAGAUGUUGCUUGUAUCACUCAACACAUUUAAUUAUGUUAAUUAUUUGUGUUUUACCUCUGUAUGCUUAUAAAUAAAAACAAUAUAAAACUUAUCCGUCAAAAAGUGAUGACCAAAAA